ACCAUGGCCACCGGAGCGAGGAAAGUCAUCGCCGACAACUUCUACAUAACUGUGACUGCUGCUGUCAAUAGAUCCGCCUGUGGUGCGGCAAUCAUUACGCGCGUGUUGUAUGAGAAAUUGGUUCAUCACACUCUUACAUCGUCAACAUUGCAUUCUUUUCUUAGGGUCAUCUCUAUGUGCAUGCUCGGACGGACGAUGACACAGACACAACGAAACAGUCCAGCUACCCUCUGACUGCCUCCCAAGCCACUAUGAGCAGCCAUGGGUUGCUGUCAGUCCAACAAUGCCAAUCGCACCUCUUCUAGUGAUGUCGCCGCCGUCCCGCACCCUCAAUCGCAAAACCAAGGAUCCUAUUCUUAUAACCCGACAACUAAUGCCGCAACAUCUGCCCACGCUGUCUUGAGCGGUCUAUCUGCAUCGAUCCCACAUUCACGGCCCAAUGCGCGCAUACGCGCUCCCUCUCCAAUCGCCCGCAGCCCGCGCAACGUAAGUCCGCAGCAACCUCCCUGGACGCGAUCGCAUCUGGAGCGGCAGCGGCAAAUAUUCUUCGAGACUCGCGUCGCCGGUCGGAAAGAAGUAUGGGAUGUGGUUCGCGCCGCGGCGGACGCAUUGGUACGAGGUCAACUUGCGGAGGCGCAGGCACUCCUGGACGCCGGUUGCGUGACCUGUCCGACCGGCCGCGUUGCCAAGGGUCGAGCAAAGUCGGAUCGUGAGCGCGGCGGUGUCUACGACGAUCGUGGGCGUCUAUAUGAGGUUCCGGAAUGGGUUUUGCGGGAUCCGGACGACAUAGUCGAGGAUGGCAAAGGCACUGGGCUUGACGGGUCGCACAGCGAGGACAGAAUUUUCGGUACGACAGGCGAUGACGAAGGAAUGGACGAGGAGAAAGAGGAUGGGAAAGAGAUCAAUGAUGGAAGUGGAAUGAUUGGAGAAGACACAGAGGCUGGCAAUGAUCGUCUUGCCGACGGCAAACAACUCCGAGCCCUUCCCAAGAUUGCAGCACAAGGAGAGAAAGGCAAAGGUCGUGCGCUCGACCUCGGCGAGAUGCAGCGUGUACGGGUGCGCCUCAGCACCGGCGCGAACGACGUCGAGGUGAACCUGGGCACUCUACAAAGGGUGGCUGUGCUGCAUCGCCUUCUUCGCGCCCGCGUGCUCGGCGAUCAGGCGCAGGUGCGCGUCUUCUAUCUCGGUCGGGUACUUGAUCCAUCAAAAACGCUCUUGGAACAGGGAUGGAAGGCGGGCGACGUGCUCAGCGCAUUGGUCCGCAUCGAACCGCAACAGCAGCAGCAGGAAUAAGAAAUGACCAUUGAAGGUUAGACGGGACAUCACACUGGGAAAGGUUUGGGGAUGACAAACAUCGUCAUAUGUUAUGUGUCGAGUGGCUCGAUUGGCAUCGAAUGGUGGGCUUGACAUGCCUACAGGAAUUGCAUCAUUUCAUUUUUUGCAACGAAUCGUUUUUACGAGGAGUUUUGGCA